GUUAAUGUGAUAUAUGAGAUAAGGAAAACAAAAUAUGUAGUUUCCUGUGACCCUUUGAUGGUAAUUAUUAUGGCUCCCAAACCUAGACACGACAUAUAUAUAAACAUUGCUCCCACUCAUCGAAUCCCACAUCAACUUGCAAACAAGCAAAAGAGCCAAAAAAAAAUCCGUUGCUUAGAAACCAUGUCGAUCAAUCCAGUCGCUGAUGUUAAGCCUUUCAAAACUAUGUGGAAGAUCAAGGUCAAAGUCAUCCGGUUGUGGAAACAAUACUCAGCUGCUGGAGGUGAAACUAUUGAAAUGGUUCUUUGCGAUGUUAAGGGUGCUAAGAUUCAUGCAUCGGUGAAAAGGGACUUGGUUGCUAAAUUCGAUCAAUUCCUAAGACAAGGACAUUCGAUGAUGUUAAUCAAUUUUGUUGUGACGCAUUCCUGUGGUUCCUACAGGACCACUAAUCAUGCUUACCGGAUUAGCUUCCUGUCCACAACACGUGUACGACCAUGUGAGCAACUGCCUGAGUCUUUAUCAGGUUUUGAGCCAGUGAAGUUCAAAGAUGUACUAGAUGGUACUCUUUCAGCCGAUUUCUUGGUUGGUAAGUUAUCUUUAAAUCUAUUCUGCAAUAAGAAACUAUUUAUCAAAUUUAAUUUUGACAACUGUGUUUGUUUUUCAGAUAUAAUCGGGCAGAUUAUUGAAAUCAGUCAUCUUGAACAUGUUAAUGUCAAUGGGAAAGAAACCGAGAAGAUUUCUUUACAGUUGCGCAAUUCGGACGAUGAUAAACUUCCGGUUGUUCUUUGGGGUAAAUUUGCUUGUGAUGUUAAUGAGGCGAUGCAGGUUCGAGAUGAGCAUUGUACCAUUUUGGUUUUACGAUUUGGGAAAAUCAAAGAGUGGAAGGAAGAAAGAAGUGUCAGCAAUGCCUACAAUGUGAGUGAAUUAGGUUUGAAUCUUCCAAUGAUUGAAGUUGAAAAGUUCACUGAUAGUUUGCCUAAAGAUGACCUUCCUUUAACCAUCGUGGAGUCUAAAUACGCGGCUAUUGCGAAUGGUGUUUCGGAUAAAGAUGAUUUCUUUACCCAUACACCAAGAAAAACCAUUGCUCAAAUGAAGGAAACAAAACAUGUUGAAAAGUGUAUUCUGAUGUGCACAAUUGCUGGCAUUGAUUCUGAUAUGGGGUGGUUUUAUCUGAGCUGCAAAGUGUGCUCUAAAAAAGUCUUGACCGUUCCAGCUGUCAACGACGAUGACGGUAAUGACGAUGAUGAUCUGAAGCACACAUAUUAUUGUGUAAAGUGUGAGGCUUACAAUCCUGUCACAGUUCCAAGCUACUUUUAAUAAUUUCAGUUUUGUUUUUAUGUGUAUUUUGAAUAUAAACAUCCUGUAAAUAAUUGGAAUAAUAAAUCUUAUAGGUAUAAAUUGCAUUUAGUGGUGCUUGAUAACACAAGCAACACAAAGCUAAUGGUGUUCGAUAAUCUUGCUGUGCAACUGGUCAACAAGCCAUGCUUGCAGAUUGCUGGUCCUUCAGAUAAAGUCGAGGUAGUUAUUCAGAUACUGUAGAUCUUAUUUAAACGGGUAUAUUAAUGCCUUACAUCUCUGUUAACUACCAUAUAAUACUUCCUUCUUUAUCUGAAUGUAGAUUGAGGAAACCAAUGUGCUUCCUCCGGUUCUUAACACCAUCAUUGGCAAAACGUGCUUAUUUAAAAUUCAAAUCGAAAGGGAGAACUUUGUCUACAAACAUGAUACCUACAAGGUUUUGAAGGUGAUCACUAACAAAGAUUUGAUCACAGAUUUUGAAGAAAGCAACUCUCGAGAUGUAAGUGGAGUUUUAUUUUUGAUACUUAUAUAAAUCUAAUUGCUUAUUCUGAAUAUUUCUCACCUAUUCUAAGCGAAAUUAUCAGGGAAGCGAAGGUGUAUUUCAUGAUAUGGAUACUCAAUCUGAUGCACCAAAGGUUUGACAAUAUCCUUAUUGAUGGCGAUCCAUAAUAGACUUGCAAUAAGUUUGACUGGUUGUUAAUUGUUUUUUUUUUUAAAUUUACAUUUGGAAAUAUGUGCAGGCCUCUCUUGCUAAUCUAGGUUCAGCUUCUGAGGAGUCUGAGUCUUGCGAUCUUACUCCUGCUAAACGUGUUAGGGCAGUCGAUAUUGAAUUGGAAGAAAUCAAUGACCAGAAUUCUGUUACGAGGAGUACCGGUUCCAUGAUGAUUAAGAAGGAGAAGUUUGCUAAAAGUGGCUGAAGUGGGUACAAUGAUUUCUUAUAAGAUAGAGGCUUCCGCUUUUCGUUAACUCUGUUUUCGCAAAUUUUAAGUUUUAUGUUGGUUUUUUUAAAUAUUUAUGUUGUGUUUUUCAUAUUCGAUACUUAUGUUGGUGUUUAAUAAUUAAUGGAAAGCCUCUUUUGUUUCAAUAUGGUUGCAUAAAAUAGAUUUUAUUCAACUGUGUUAAGUUCUGAUUAUCUAUAAGUAUCCGUAAACAAGAAAUAUUUAUGCAAUUGUUCCAUAAUCACUAAACAACGCAUCAUAAGCUCUCCGGUUUUUAAUCCUAUCUACCAUUGUCAAUUCCAUACCUGAAUCUAUUUUUCCGGAAAAGUCAGUUUAUUAUAGUGAUUUAGUAUGUAUAUUCUCGGUCCAUGACAUUACAACUUUGGUCAAUCCGUAAUGAAAUGUUUUUAAAAAAUGCAAAUUGUGUUUAUAUAUUUAUCUUGAUAACUAUUAUGUAGAUUUACAUGUUACAAUAUAUAGGGGAUUUCUAUUGCCACCAUAAAAAAAUUUUAAUAUUGUCACAUGUAAUGUGGUUAUUCGAUUACAUAUAAUAAGGUUGUAAGUAUAUGUCGUGGUAUACAUUUAACUUUGGAACUAUGUGAUUUCUUUAAAUGUUCGAUUGGCCAUCACUUUUAUCCUAUAUUUUUGAGACUUAGUUUAGGAACGAAAUUUGCAAUCAUUAAUGUAAUAAAAAGAAGAUAAAGAAAAAAUAAUAUUUAACUUUAAGUACCAUUUAACGAUGGAGUGGCCAUCACGUUUGCUUCGACACCAAGGUUUCAUGGAUGUUAAUGUGAUAUAUGAGAUAAGGAAAAUAAAAUAUGUAGUUUCCUUUGACCCUUUUCUGGUAAUUAUUAUGGCUCCUAAACCUAGACACGACAUAUAUAUAAACAAUGCUCCGACUCAUCGAAUCACACAUCAACUUGCAAACAAGCAAAAAAAAAAUCCACAGCUUAGAAACCAUGUCUAUCAAUCCAGUCGCUGAUGUUAAGCCUUUCAAAACUAUGUGGAAGAUCAAUGUCAAAGUCAUCCGGUUGUGGAAACAAUACUCAGCUGCUGGAGGUGAAACUAUUGAAAUGGUUCUUUGCGAUGUUAAGGUACGGGAUUCUUUGGACGCCUUUAAAGUACUUUACGUUAGUCCUUUAUUUCGUUUAUGAAAGUCUUUUGUCUAUUUUGCUAUUUACAUAGGGUGCUAAGAUUCAUGCAUCGGUUAAAAGGGAGUUGGUUGCACAAUUCGAUCACUUCCUAAGACAAGGACAGUCUUUGAAGUUGAUCAAUUUUGUUGUCACGCAUGCCUGUGGUUCCUACAGAACCACUAAUCAUGCUUACCGGAUUAGCUUCCUGUCCACAACACGUGUACGACCAUGUGAGCAACUGCCUGAGGAUUUAUCUGGUUUUGAGCCAGUGAAGUUCAAAGAAGUACUAGAUGGUACUCUUUCAGCCGAUUUCUUGGUUGGUAAGUUAUCGUGAAUUAUCACUUAUGCGUAAUGGUUCUAUUUAGCAAUUUUAACCUAGACAUUUGUGUCUGUUUUUCAGAUUUAAUCGGGCAGAUUAUUGAAAUCAGUCAUCUUGAACAUCUAAAUGUCAAUGGGAAAGAAACAGAGAAGAUUUCUUUACAGUUGCGCAAUUCGGAGUAAGUUUUUGUUAUUUAAAAUUGAUCGUUUAUUAUUUUAUUUAUACUAAUCCUGAUUUGCUUUUUUAUUUAAACGUUGUUACUUUGUUUUGUAUUGCAGCGAUGAUAAACUUCCGGUUGUUCUUUGGGGUAAAUUCGCCUGUGAUGUUAAUGAGGCGAUGCAGGUUCGAGAUGAGCAUUGUACCAUUUUGGUUUUACGAUUUGGGAAAAUCAAAGAGUGGAAGGGUAAGUAUGCCUCUAUAAAUUGAAAACUAAAUUACCCAUAGUAGAUUCAUUGACAUGCUGCUUUUUCCAACAGAAGAAAGAAGUGUCAGCAAUGCCUACAAUAUGAGUGAAUUAGGUUUGAAUCUUCCAAUGAUUGAAGUUGGAAAGUUCACUGAUAGGUAUGUUACAAUAUUUUGCAAUAUAUAAACAACUUUUAUGUAUUGACUCGAUAUUCAGUGUUUGCUUUGAUAUAUUGUUUAUUGGUUUUAAUUUUUUGUAGUUUGCCUAAAGAUGUGCUCCCUUUAGCCAUCGUGGAGUCUAAGUACGCGGCUAUUGCGAAAGGUGUUUCGGAUAAAGAUGAUUUCUUUACCCAUACACCAAGAAAAACCAUUGCUGAAAUGAAGGAAACAAAACAGGUUAGUUUUCAAAAUAAUGGUUUCAAUUUUAGAUGUUUAUUGUGUAAAAUGAGUUUUACAACUUAUAUAUAUAUCUAUUUAUACUUUUUUUAUCUCAUUAUAGUUCCUAUAUUGUGUCUGAAUAGGUUGAAAAGUGUAUUCUGAUGUGCACCAUCGCUGGUAUUGAUUCUGAUAUGGGGUGGUUUUAUCUGAGCUGCAAAGUCUGUUCUAAAAAAGUCUCGACCGUUUAUGCGGUCAAGGACGAUGAUGGUAAUGACGAUGAUGAUCUGAAGCACACAUAUUAUUGUGUAAAGUGUAACGCUUACAAUCCUGUCACAGUUCCAAGGUACUUUUUAAAAUUUCAGUUUUGUUUUUAUGUGUUAUAUGAAUAUUAACAUCCUGUAACUAAUUGUAAUAACAAAUCUUAUAGGUAUAAAUUGCAUUUAGUUGUGCUUGAUAACACAAGCAACACAAAACUAAUGGUGUUCGAUAGUCUUGCUGUGCAACUGGUAAACAAGCCAUGCUUGCAGAUUGCUGGUCCGUCAGAAAAAGUCGAGGUAGUGAUUCAGAUCCUAUAGAUCAUAUUUAAACGUUUAAGACCCGCGCCUUACAUCUCUGUUAACUUAAAUAUAAAGUACUUUCUUCUUUAUCUCAAUGUAGAUUGAGGAAACCAAUGUGCUGCCUCCGGUUCUUAACACCAUCAUUGGCAAAACGUGCUUAUUCAAAAUUCAAAUCGAGAGGGAGAACUUUGUCUACAAACAUGAUACCUACAAGGUUUUGAAGGUGAUCACUAACAAAGAUUUGAUCAAAGAUUUUGAAGAAAGCAACUGUCGAGAUGUACGUGGAGUUCUAUUUUUGAUACUUACAUGGUCCUAAUUGCAUAUUUCUAAUUAUUUCUCACCUAUUCUAAACGACAUUAUCAGGGAAGCGAAGGUGUAUUUCAUGAUAUGGAUACUCAAUCCGAUGCACCAGAGGUUUGUGGCCAUCCUUACUUAGUUGGCGAUCCGUAAUAGAUCCGUAAUAGAUUUGCUAUAACACAUAUGUCAUGGGUUUUUUUUUAAUUUACAUUUGGUUAAUAUCGGCAGGCCUCUCUUGCUAAUCAAGGUUCAGCUUCUGAGCAGUUUGAGUCUGACGAUCUGACUCCUGCUAAACGUGUUAGGGCAGUCGAUAUUGAAUUGGAAGAAAUCAAUGACCAGAAUUCUGUUACGAGGAGUACCGGUUCCAUGAUGAUUAAGAAGGAGAAGUUUGCUAAAAGUGGCUGAAGUGGGUACAAUGCUUUCUUAUAAGAUAGAGGCUUCUGCUUUUGUUUAACUAUGUUUUCGCAACUUCUAAGUUUUAUGUUAGUUUUUUUAAAUAUUUAUGUUGUGUUUUUCAUAUUCGAUACUUAUGUUGGUGUUUUAUAAUUAAUGGCAAGCCUCUUUUGUUUCAAUAUGGUUGCAUAAAAUUGUUUUUUUUUUUGACGGUGCAAAGUUCUGCUUAUAUAUUAGUAUCUAUAAACAAGAAAUUUUUCUUUAUUGUUCCAUAAUCACUAAACAACGCUUCAUAUGCUCUCCGGUUUUUAGUCCUAUCUACCAUUGUCAGUUCCGCACCUGAAUCUAUUUUCCCGUAAUUUUAUAAAACUUACAAGUUGUGCUUCCAAUGAACGGAUUUAGGAGAUUCAGUCAAUUGUAGAUAAGAGUCCAACUCAACAUCAAUACGGUUGCCCUUCACUAAGAGGAUUAGUCCUGCAUAAAAAUAAGUUAUAAGAAACGAAGGCAAUAUGAUACAAAUUUUUUGUUAACUCAACCUUACGUUAUAAAUGUUUUCUACA